ACAAGUCGCUGCCACUUAGUUGGUCAGUGUUUCCACUGAUCCCACAUCAGUGCAGAGGCUCAGAGAAGAUGGCACUGGCCGACACAGAGCGCGGAGUGUCCAACUGCGGCGACUCGGGUUCCCCGUUUUCAGAGAUUAUUGAGCUGAAUGUCGGCGGACAGGUUUAUGUUACCAGACAUACAACUCUCAUCGCCGUCCCAGACUCGCUGCUGUGGAACAUGUUCAGCAAGAAGUCACCCAAGGAGUUGGCGAGAGACAGCAAAGGGCGCUUCUUCUUGGACAGGGACGGGUUCUUGUUCCGCUACAUCCUAGAUUAUCUCCGAGACCUGAACUUGGUCCUACCGGACUACUUCCCCGAGAAAAGUCGCCUGCAGAGGGAGGCUGACUUUUUCCAGCUGCGGGACCUUGCCAAACGCCUCAGCCCCCGGGUGAGUAAGGACAAUUCAAUCAGCGAGGAGAUCAGCCAGAGUGACACGGAGGAAGGUGCGCAGCAGUGCGGCUCCUCCGGCGGUAUAGAGACUUUACGCGCCAUGUCGGUCAGCGGGGCCAUGCGCUCCCCAUCCCUGGACUCCAGAAAGUCGGGCUAUAUCACAGUAGGAUACCGCGGAUCGUACACCAUUGGCAGAGACAUCCAAACCGAUGCCAAAUUCAGGAGAGUGGCGCGCAUCACGGUUUGCGGGAAGACUGCCCUGGCCAAAGAAGUGUUUGGGGACACACUGAAUGAGAGCAGAGACCCGGACAGGCCCCCGGAGAGAUACACAUCCCGGUACUAUCUCAAGUAUAAUUUUCUAGAGCAGGCAUUUGACAAGCUGACAGAGGUGGGCUUCCACAUGGUGGCCUGCAGCUCCACAGGCACCUGCGCAUACACCAGUAAUGAUCCAAACGAGGACAAAAUCUGGACAAGCUACACUGAAUAUGUCUUCUGUCGGGAUUAACUAACAGUAAACAUGUCGAGUUGAUGUAAAUAGACAUGUCAUAAUCUAGAGGGGAAUGUCUUUAAAUAUAAUUGCAUUUGCUGUGUUGAAUGGUAACUUUGGUCAAGAGCCAGUGACUGCAAAAUACUGCUCCAUUAUUCUAAUUAACCAGAGACACCAAAUGCCUCUAGAUAGAUUCUACACAAAUUAGUGGAAAUGGAAUUUAGAUGUUUAAAGUGAGCAGAGCAUCGUUUGAGUUGGCGCACCCAUCAAAAGCCCCAUUUUGUGGAAAACACCAACAAAAUGCCAUCAUCUCCACCUCAUAGAACUGCAUAUCAAUGUUUCAGUCAUAUCUGACUCAGUGCUGCGUGAAUUGAGCGGCAUCCAAGAACAGACAAGCAGCAAUUAGAAUUCAGUGUCAUUGUAACUUGAUCGUAUGUUUGGCCAAUUUUUUUUAUUAUCUAAGAGGCUCUUAUACAUAGCAGUUAUAUCACUGACAUGAUUGUAAGUGUAUGUGCUUGCUUGGUAUAGCUGUAUUUGUUAAACCUGUUCAGAUGAAAUAAAAUCUUAUACUCAGCUAUUCUCA